AUGCUUCGCCCAGCAACCCGUCCAGCCCUCGCGGCCACCAGACAAGUCCGGCAAUGCGCCGCGCGCUUCCUCUCCUCCCCGGCCUCACCUGACACCAGCUCCUCGAGCGUCAACAACGCUUCCACAACUCCCAGAACCAACUCAACAUCACCACCACCAAACUCCAAGUCGUCGUCGACAAAUUCCAAGGGUAAAAAACCCCUCACUGCCGAGCAGCGUGAGUUCCUCUCAUCCGCCCUGCGCGUCAACCAGGCCGGUGAGCUAGCCGCCACCCUCAUCUACACGGGACAGACCCCGCCGCUUGUCACCCGGGACCCCUCGCUGCGUCCGCUCAUGAAGCACAUGUACGACCAAGAGGCGGCGCACCUGCGCACCUUCAACGAUCUGAUCUACCGGCACCGCGUGCGGCCCACGGCGCUGUACCCGCUUUGGUCGGUCAUGGCCUCGGGAUUGGGCUGGGGAACUGCUAUGCUGGGCAAAGAGGCGGCCAUGGCGUGCACCGAGGCGGUUGAGACGGAGAUUGGCGGGCAUUAUAAUGCGCAGAUCCGCAGGCUGCUGGAGAUGGUUAGUGAGUGGGAGGCCGAGGGGUAUGAAGUUGGGGCCGAGUUUAGGGAUCUGAUCAACACGCUGAGGAGGAUACGGGAUGAGGAGCUGGAGCAUCUGGAUCACGCGGUUGAACAUGAUGCGCAGAAGGCGGAGCCGCAUUGGUUGUUGACGGGAGUGAUUAGGGCGGGGUGCAGAGGAGCUAUUUGGGUCAGUGAAAGGGUGUAG